AUGGCGACCUCGCUGCUUCCCUCGGGGGGGAUUGCCCUCUUCGGCGCCCCGGACAGCGAAAUCGGCUCGAGGGUAGCCAAAACCACGCCCAUCCAGGCAAUGCAGGUGGACAUGGCACAGGACAUUGUCGACGAGCUUCUCGAGAGCGUACGGAGCGGGAAACCCCCACAGAUCCUCUUCGGACGCACGCCUCAACUCAAAUGCGGCGACAAGACCCUUACUCUGCAGUCGGCCUCCGAGACCACCAGGAACGAAUUGUACCACUCCAGCGGGACUGGUAGCGACGACGACGACCUCGAGUUCACCAGCUUGGUCAAACACAGCCUCGUUGUGCAUAAGGCGGAAAAUGUGACUGCUGGGGUGGAUUCGGCGUUGGAGCAGCUGAAGAACAGCAUGGCGGCUGUGAAAGAGAUGAAGGAAGCCAACAAGACUGUCGUUGGCGAAAUGCGUAAUGCAGGACACCGCCGCGUCCCUUCAAAAGGCUUCAUGCCGAGCCAUCUCGCUCCUUCCGGCACCGGGUCGCCGCUACUCAGCGUGCCUUCCUCGCCGAUGACGAAAAGACCACCCACAUCGCAACCCGGUGGCGCAAAUCAGGCAAUUCUCACUGCUCUCCGCGUUCCUCUCAUUCACCUGCUUGCUAUGCAGCCGGCCAAAGACUCUCACCUGGCCCAAACAUGUCGGACCUCGGUAGCAAACAUUCGAGAUCUCCUGCCCAAGAUCGCCAAACACACCGCAGAUGACGCAGAGAAGUGGCAGCUUACUGACAAGUCUUUCCGUGAAAUCGACCCUUACAGAUUCCCCUACAAGAGUCAGGGAGACCGAGAGCAGGCCAUCAACAGUGCCAUCAAGUCGUUCGACCGCCUGCGAUUGUCAAAGGAGGACAAGCUUUGGCAGAUUCUCUUGCCACGUGACGAGCGAGGACAGGGCAAGUGCCUUUCACGCCUCAACGUAAAGGCCGUCGAGAAGCCUCAAAAGGCUACGACGCCGCUUCACAAGAUGUCCAAGUUGACGGAGAAGAAGCCCCCCGCGAAGAAAGCUGCUGAAAAGGAGGUCGAGAGGAAGGCGAAGGAUGUUGAAGCCAAACCGAAGAAGGCAGUCAAGGAGAGGGUUAUGAAGCCGUUGAGGGAACCUGCGCCAGCAAAGAAUUCACCGCUACCCGCGAAGAACUCACCUGCACCGGCUGCAACCUCAACGCCUAAACUUUCCGCCGCUGCUCCUUCUAAACGCACUGCUCCCACCGACGCCAACAAGAUCCGCCCGAAGAAAGCCGCGCCUGCCGCCGAAACUUCCUCUCCCCGCGUCAAGCCUAAGAUGGCCUCCCGCGAUCUUCACCAAAAUCGCCCCUUCAGGCCGACCAAACCUGUUAAUACCAAGCCCAAGAACCCGUCACCGCUGUCCGCCUCCCCGCCCGUCAAUGCUAGUGACUUUGAAGACAGCCACCCCGUUCACAAGGCCCUCUCUGGCGCUCCCUCUCCCGCAAAGAACCUGUCUGGCAACUCGGAUCGCUCACUUAAGCGCAAGGCGAACGACCUCAACAGCGACCUCCACAAUCACAACCUCGCCGUCAAAAAGCCUCACGUCGACCGCUCUACCCCUAACGGCACGCCCGCUGGCGCCAACGGUCGGCCAAACGGCAACACUCCCUCUACAACCAAUUCGCUCAAACGCCGGUCCGACGGCUCCUCUACCUCUUCCACACCAUCCACAAAAGUUCGCAAAGUCAACAACAUCGAUACCUCGCUUGCAUCUCGCUAUCCGCAAAGCACGCAGAUUUCCCCGGGCGACUCAUCGUCCUCCCAAACCUCUCCUACUGUACCUAGUCUCAGCUUCCGCCAGACCGUCGAGCUCAGUCAGAGGUUCCAGAAGUACUACAAGAAGUAUGAAGCUCUGUACUGGAAGUUGACCGAGUCGGCCACGCCUCCUACCCAGUCCCAGCGUGACGAUCUGCUCAAGAUGCACAAGAAGCUUGAAGAGAUGAAGCGAGAGAUCAAGGCUGGCGCCGGCGCGCACCGCUGA